UGCAUCUGCUUCGCUAAGCGAAGAGUACAGACAGAAAAGACGAAGGAAGCAAAAGCAGUGACAGAACUUGGAGUUAAAUAAAAUGGGAGAUGAUUACGAACGUAUUAUUUGUGUAAAGCAGGAAGUAUUUGUAUACAAGAUCCCUCCAAGACAGAGUAGUCGAGGCUACAGAGCUGCUGAUUGGAAACUUGAUCAGCCAGAUUGGUCGGGAAGACUUCGUAUUGUUGUAAUAAAUAAUAAAUGUGUAAUAAAAUUUGAAGAUAAAACAUCAGGUGAACUGUUUGCACAGGCACCCAUUACUGAAUAUCCUGGACCUUCAGUGGAAUCUGUUUCAGACAGCAGUAGAUACUUCGUAAUAAAAAUACAAGAUGAUGGAGGUCGACAUGCUUUCAUUGGAAUGGGCUUCUCUGACAGAGGUGAUUCGUUUGAUUUUAACGUGUCUCUUCAAGAUCAUUUCAAGCGAGAAAAAGUAGAAGAUAAUCUAUCCGCUGGAACAGCAGACCCUCCGCUUGAUUUAAGGUUCAAAGAAGGUCAAACUAUUAAAAUAAAUUUUGGAAAUAAAAGUGAACAAGAUACGAAGCCAAGACCGAAAGCAAAUACAGAGAGCAUCGGUAUACUUCCGCCACCGCCCGGUGGUGUGGCAAAAAUUGCGCCGCCACCAGGUAGUACGCAAACGACGACGAGACAACAAACUCCUUCUCAACCGCCGACGCAACAACCGACUUCUCAACCGACAACGACAGAUUGGGGAGAUUUUGCUGCGUUCUCAAAUAAUGACUCCUCGAAAGAAUCAUCGAAUUGGGUACAAUUUUAAUUACCUAGUCAAAUUAGCGAUGCAAGAUCUGGAAAAUGUUUUUUUUGGUGAUUGCAAAUAUUUUCAAAUAAAAACACAGAAAAAUGAAUGACAGAUACAAUAUGUUGGUGCACGGUACCAUGAAAAUUAAAAUGAUACGACGAAUCAAGCAAUCAAGCACAGCUAUUUAAUCCUUGCUGGAUUUUACAUGGAUUACAUUUUAUUUGCAUCUCAAACUUUCUUCCACAUACAAACUAUUCAAUUUUUACCGCACACACUCUUUCGCGAAUUUAUGUAUGCGAUUAUGUUGUUAUUUUGCUCGUGUAUGUUUUUAUUUUUUUUAAUAAUAUAUGGCUAGUUUUGUAAUUUAGGUUGUGUAUUGUUUUUGUGAGUGGUCGGUAUGUUGUAACAUGGUGGCCAGCCAAUUUUUAUUCUCACCAACUUUUUUAUCACUAAAUUGACAAUUUCACUGACAACUACUACGUAAAGUUGACAGUUGAAUUUUUGUACCACAAAAUUUCCUGACUUUUCCCUGGACUAUUUCAAUCAGUUUUGAAAUUCCCUGACUUUCCUACAUUCUCCAGGUUAUUACACCGCUGGUCAUUCUGUUUGAUUAAGGACAAAAAAAUAUAAACUUUUUUCGCGCUCAUAUGUAUGAUUCUGAUACAAUGUUAUUGUUCGUCUACAUUUUGUUUUCUUCCAUAUUUGUGUCUUGUGGUGAAUUGAAAAUCAUUUAUUCCGCACAGGAGACUGUUACAUAGUAUGUUUCCUAUGUACAGGUUUGAUUGUGUUAUUUUUCUUAUGUACAGGUUUGGUUGUGUUAUUUUCCGCGUUUUUUUAAACGGUGUAGCAUACUAAUGUUUGCUGGUAUUAAUUUUCACGAGUAUAUAUAUAGUUAGAUCCUUGAA